AUGGUCGAGAAGCUUGGAUGGAAACUUUCACAGGACUUUAACAGUUCGGAACCACCAGAUUGGCUGACCAGAAUGUUGGAAUCGAAUUUCUUCGAUGCUAACAUGGCAGUGCAGUACCUUUACUUGACAGAAGAGAAGCACGUUCUCACCUACAUAGGUUGGUCUAGAAUAUUUAUAUAUAUUUUUUUAAAAAAUAUUUUUUUGCUGGAACACAAACAUGUUGAGAGAAAAAUUGAAAAAUAUUUUGGCUAAGCUCAGUCGAAAUCAGUUUGCAAACGACAAACGUUUGUCUUAUAGUCAAUUUUCACUGUUUUUGAAAGGCAAGGGAGGCGGGGCAGAGGCGGGACGCGUAGCGCGUGCGUUCGCGGCUCUUGGUACGAGUUCAAUUUAAGCGCACCAACUAUUCAAAAAGCUCGGCCAACGCUCUUUUUAUAUAUUUUCUACAAUUUUUAAUGAACACAGAAAAAAAUCAACAAAUAAUUUAAAAAGAAAUGAAUAGAGCGAUAAACGAGCUCUCCAAAUAGUCGCUGGCGUUUGAAUUGAACUCGUGCCAAGAACCGCGUACGCGCACGCUAAGCACACUUAUUUUGCAAGUUUUACCGAAGAUACGUUCAGGUAAAAAGUUGACGCAAUUACCUGUUGAAGAAAUGGACUUUUUCCUUCCACAGUUGCUCAAUAUGUACAUACAACGGAUCGAUGUCGCUUGCGCCAUUCACGCGUACAUCGAAAAAAGGUGGCAGACGAGUUUUAUGAACAAUAAAAAAAUAUAACGGUUGUUUCAAGGUGCAAGGAGAGUGUCCACUACGCUCUUCAGUGUAUUUGGCUUCUAGAAAGGCUUGCGAACGUCCUGAAAAAUGGUGCCAAAAACUAUGAUCACAGUGAGAUGAUCAGGUCCUUCGCACUUGUUCGAUGUUCCGAUAAUGAAGAUUCAGAAAAACGAUAUUAGAGGAAUAUUAUGAGAUGGAUCAAUACCCGUCUUCUUUCGAAUUCGGGUGAUUUUAAAUGAAAUCAUUGAUUGUAUUGUGAGAAUUACAGUUUUCUCGCGCCUUUAUAUGAACCUUCUACUGCGAUGCAGCAUUCUCAUUCACGUAAUUUAAAAAAAAUAUUAUUGAACUUAUCAGCUUCAAAAUUCAAUAAAAAUCAAACUAAACUCAUGUUUUCAGAACCAGAUCUUUCGGAAGUCCACUUUCCGUCCAAUUUGCCACGAAAAAGCGCCAGCACGACUAUUUCGCCUUCCCCUGAAAACAUCUUUGACCUUGUCCACAACUAUCGUAAUUUAUGAAAAGUUUGGCAUACGAAUUACGAAAUUUCAUUCAGAAGAUCGCGUUAAGGAAGACUCCGUACUGCAUCCAUUGAAAGUGAGUUUUUCUAUUCAACAGUAUUCUAUUUUUUCCUUAUUCAAUAAUCCGUGGUGAUAUUAAUAUUUUUUUUUCAAUAUGCUUUUUUCUCUUUGAAACCGCGUUUCUGUGGAUUGACAGCACCUUUCUUUUAAGGACUCAUUUUUCUCGGUACAACGAAGAUUUAUCUCGAGACUCAAUUACAUUGGCACGAAGUUGUGCAGCGAAUCAACAAAAGAUUCGAAGGUUGCUUUCCAAAUGGAAAAAAGGACAUUUGCUUCGCAGAUGAUGCGGCUGAAGCACGAAAUAGCUCUGCUGAACUUGGACCUGCCGGCUCGCUGCUGGAUCCCUUUCUCUUGCGAUCAUUUCAUUCUGCACAUCCCUCCCGAAGAGUGUUGCGUGCUCAACAGUCGGGAAAAGGUCCGAACAUGGCUUCCCCGUCAAGAGAAACAGUUUUCAGGUUCCCUUCAUCAUGUAUGUCGAAAUAUUGAGGAUCGGAGAAAAAAGGGAAGAUGCAAGCCAUGGAAACGAUAGAAAAACCGUGUCUAGCGGUCAAAAAGAAGUUUUUGCAAAUUGAACAUUUUUUUCAAUAGGAAAAAUUUUUAAUUCAAUUUCCUUUUUCUCGUAUAAUUGGACAAACUCGUCAUGAGUAACUUCGGAGAACGCUUUGCAAUUCUUUCAUAAUUUAUUUUGAUUUUUGAUACAUCUAAAACGGGAUGUUAAGGUCAGGGCGAAGGAAAAAAGUGUCGAAGAAAUCCUCCAACAUCUCAAGAAUUCGGUGUGUCUUUUGGAGUCUCAUCCGCCAUGACUUUAAACAGUCGGACUUUGCUGCAAUCUCUUUUAGCCGUUUCGCAGUGCUAUUUUCCUCUUUUUCAGGGAAAAAGGCGCAGACAGGUCAGACUGUUUUGUAUCAAGGCGAUAGAGAAAAAGAGGAAGAAUUAACAAUUUUUUUUUCUGAAUUAGUCAACUGGUUUAUACAUGAUUCAUCGUUUUUGGAAGUUUGCAGAAAAAUAGCGAUUCGAAGGAUCCCUCAGCGGCGACUUUGAGCGAGCCUUUUGAGGCCAAGCGAGAACGGAUUCGCUCAGGAAGUCCUUACGGAGACAACGAGUUCUGGGACCUUGUUCCCAUAAUCGUCAAGACUGGUGAUGAUCUAGCCCAAGAGCUCUUCACUUACCAGCUUCUUUGUGUUUUUCGGGUACUCUCCCUCAUCUGAUGACGACCAGAGCUUGGUGUUGAUUCAGAAAAUAUGGGAAGAAGAGAGUGUUCCUCUUCCUUUGAAGCCCUAUCAAAUUGUAGUGACGUCUCCCAAUUCAGGUCUUGUUGAACCUUUGCCAGACACUCGUUCUUUGCAUCAAGUAAGCUAUAAAUGAAAUUUGAUUCUUUUUUAAUUCUUACUUGUUUUUCAGAUCAAAGCUUCCCUCAAAGAGCAAGGAUGCGAUAAUCCAACUUUACUCUCGUAUUUCCUUCAAAAUUUCGGACCUAAAGAUGGAGAAAAAUUUGACAAGUCGCUGUUCAAAGUGUUCUUCUUCAAGCAAAGUUUUAUUUUAGCGCACAGAAAAAGUUUACUGAAAGUUGUGCAGCGUAUUCAUUGAUUUGCUACUUUUUGCAAUUGAAAGACAGGUUCACGACCUCCGACGUCACUCCAACGCGGCUUUUCAGACAUAACGGCAACAUUUUGCUCGACGCCGACGGCCAUCUGAUUCACAUUGACUUCGGAUUCCUCCUUUCUUCUUCGCCGAAAAACUUGGGUUUUGAGACAUCUCCUUUCAAGCUCACAAGUGAAAUGAGUAGGUUGGAGAGAAAAGGAUUGUCGGACUGCGGUUUUUGCAGUUGAAGUGAUGGAAGGUCUGGACUCCGGCAUCUUCCUGUACUUCAAGAGCAUAAUGUUCCGCGGACUGAUCGCCGCCAGGAAACACCACGAAAGGGUUCUAUCUCUCGUCCAAAUUAUGAGCAUAGGCACCUUUAUUUUGGGAAUCUCCAAUCAGUACAGCGUCUCCAGGUUCGAAGAUGCCUUGCUUCCGAAGUGGCGUCGACACUGUAAAGGCGUUGAAACAGCGGUUCCACUUAUCUUACACCGACGAGCAACUCCAAGACUUAGUAAGAGUCAGACUCUCAGGUCGAAAAUAUGUAGGCCUCAGGUAAACUCGAUGGUCGAAAGUAGUCGUGACUCGUUGACAACCCGCCUCUACGACAACUUUCAGUAUUAUACGAACGGAAUCUUGUGAAAGGGCUCCCUUAAGUGUUUCUUUUUCAAUAGAUUUGCAGAUUAUCAGACUCUUUGCAUACAUUUCAUUGUGAUGAUGUAUUUCUUUUUUUGUAUCAUGAAAGAAUUAUCUGUAAAUAAAAUUGUCAUUCCUUCAAACUUCGUUUUUACAUUCAUUUUUCUCUAAAUGAAAAACUAAAAAGGGAUUGUGUGCAGCUUUGACUUCCUCUGCGCUGACCGGAAAGUGAAAACGAAAUGGGAGGAUAGACAAGAAAGGCAAGACGGAUUCCACCGAUGGCGUCGUCGAGAUAACUGUUCCUUUUUCGCUCGACACCUUCUGUCCUGUCCAGAAAACUUUCCACCAAGCCAGAAAUGGUUCUGAGCCAGGAGCAGCGAGAAGCUGUUCGACGUGUCGUCGAAGCUGUCGGAGGGGUCGACCACAAAUAUUGCAGGAACGAGUUCAACGUGCACCGCUGGCUUGUCGCUUACGAAAACGACGAGGAACUCGUUGUCAAGGUUGGCUUUUCUUCAUAAAAUUUCAGGAAAAUGACGUACACACAUGGGAGGUCAUUUUAUGCUAAAAUGAGCCAGAAGCAGCGAGCUAAAAUGACCUCCCAUGUCAGAGUUGAUUUAAAGAUGUGCCUUUCUUUCAUAUUUGUUCAUUGAUAUUUUUUCUUCUAAGGUUUUGAAACGACAUCUGAACAUACGCGACUGCACACGAGUGGAGGACCUGGCUGCAGGAAAUAUUCCGGUCGACGAUGAGCUGGAACAGUUCGUUCCCAUUACAAUGCUCGGCCGAAAUCAUCCUGACGACGCCAAAGUUUUCGAAGUUUUUUUUUCAAACCAAUUCAUGAAUAUUUUCAGGUGGUUUUGUUCGAAAAAACCGGACAAAUAGAUAUCGGCGGGCUGGUCAAUAAUGUUCGAGUGCGUUUCAGCUCAAUGGAAAGUGUUAAUUAGAAAUUUUUCAAGAUGAGCAACUUCAUGAAAAUCAAGUUCCGGAUGAUGGAGCGUCUGCACGAAAAAGUUGUUGAAGAAGAGAAAAGGACAGGAAAACAAGGCGGAGGCGUUCUUGUCAUGGACCUCCAAGGACUUGAGUUCAGCACCAAACUUCUCUCAGUUUUGACAGGUAACACGAAUUUAGGUAAAUCCAUCUUCAGCGGACGCUGCAGGGCCGCAACAUCGAGUUAUAUAUAUUCUUUUCAAAACUGAAAAAUUCAGGACCAUACCGCAUCAUGUGGGGCACACUGUUCGACCAUUACCCACAGCUCCUCCAGCAGAUUAUUGUCGUCAACGCGCCGACCUAUGUCAAUCUUCUGCAUCAGGCUUUUUCGCCUUUUCUCCCCAACGACUACAAGGUUCUUUCGAGAGCUUAGUCACCAGGUGAAGAAAUCCACUUUGCAGGAGAAGAUAAUUAUUUCUUCGGAAGACGCUGCCAACACACUUCCCAAGCACAUCCAUCCUUCCUGCCUUCCCGAAGAACUGGGCGGCACCGAUGAACUUUCUCCCAUCACACAGCCUCUGGCGCCUUUCCCAACUGCAGAACCUGUCGACGUCACCCUGAACGCGGUGAGAGUUCCGGCAGGUUCGUCUUUCAAGAUCCAAGCUUUUAUUUUUCAAUCAAUCUCAUCAACUUUUUAUUUAUCUUAUUAAUUUUUCAGGAAAAUAUUCGAUCCAAAAGUUUUGUUGGAAGGCUGGCGACGUUAUCGAGUUCUACUUACAGAAUGACAACUGCUUUCACUACUUCAUGUUCUUUUCAGAAGAUGAUUCAGUACUGGAACGUCUCAGUACAAUAAUAAAAGACAUUGUUCAGAAAAGUAGCGAAAAUUGGAGGGAAGUUAGCGUUGGAUGCGAAAGACCAGCGCUGAAACAAAUCGACGUCUGGAAAUGGACUGUUCCCUUCACUGGGUAGGCUCUUUUUGAACUAAUCAGAGAGAUGGCGACUUUUCUUUGAAGGUACUAUUUCAUUCGAUAUGGAAACGAAGGUUCCUGGCUCUUCAGCAUAACCGUCAACACAAGCCAUUUCGAAAUAACCGAAAACGGAGAGAAAAUUGGCCUGACGCCACUUGAAACAUUUGUUCUCGAAUAA